CGCAUGGUUCGCGCUACGGUACGCCAUUUGUGUCUAGCAGCAAAAAGCGCGGACAGUGGAAAUAGUCGUAUAACAAGAGAAAGUCCGGCAUUGAAGACAGAAAGCAACUUUACCAAUACAUGUAAUUAUUGCAGGAUAUGAUAUGGAUAAAACAUUGAAAACAGGGAAGGAGGCUGAAAGUGACACCAGUGGGAAGGUGCAGCCAGAUGAUGUGGAAAUGGAGGAAAGUAAAAGACGCUCACCCAGCAGGACUGCUGGGCCCGAUGAGACAGAUGAGGAGCUUGUUGAAAAGCUGUGGCCAGACUCCGUACCUGAAGACCAGGAUAGCCUCUGCACAAUUUGUGGCUUCUCAGCCAAAUGUCCAAGAUCACUGAAGAUUCACUAUGCACGGAAACAUGGAAAGAACUCCAAGAACAGUGAUAAAAGUGCAAAACCAGCUGCAAAAAGCGAAAGUAUCUGUGAUGCCAGUGCAGCUGAAAACCAAAAAGAGGCAGACAUGGAGACAGAAAGCAGUGCUGAGGUUAAACAGAACCAGGAGUCUGAUCUUUUGGAACUGAGAACAGCAGACAGUGAAAAUGAAAAGAGUUUAACUAAAAAGCAAAGUGUAUUAGACAAACAGCAGGCAGAUCAAGAGGAGGUCAUCCCUACCCAAGGGAGAAGAAUAAGCAAACGAACACCCAAACCUAAGAUGAUUUACUCCUGCAACUACUGUGGGCAAGAAUUUAGGGACAAGGCUCCUUUAGAUGUUCAUAUCCAGAGAUACCAUGCCAAAGACACCCCAUACACAUUUGACGCUGAUGAGAACAUGGAUGAUGAAGAGGACGGUGAGGACACUGGCAGCCCCGUGAAGGCUGCUCCAACACGAGUGGCGCUCAAACAUGCGCACAGCAGGUUCCAGCUGAAGUGUGCGCACUGUGAUUUUAGGGUCAGCACUGCUUCGUUGUUGGAAAGCCAUGCUCGAGUCAAACACCUGGACCAGGAGUGGUACCGCUGCAAAUUAUGUAACUUUUUUUCAGCCACACCUGAGUGGAUGGACGUCCACCUGUCCUCAGACAGCCACAUGCAGCAGCACAAAGGGAAUAAAAAUGUGGAAUCUUCCUCAUUUGAAGUCUACGUUGAGUGCGUCAGCAGAGACAGUGCUGGAGAUGGUGCAAAUAUAGAUGAUAAGGCUCAGCCUGUUGGAGAAGGGGGAGCUUCUUUGACAGAAGGAGACGAGGACACUGAAGAGACAGUGCAGGCUGCUAAAGCUGUGUUGGUUGAGGUGGAAGAUGCAGAGCUUGAACCCCCCAAAAAGAAAAGAGGAAGACCAAAGCAAGGGUCCACGACCACUUGUGGUUACUGUGGCCUGGUAGUGUCCAACGCUACCAACCUCAGUGUUCAUGUUCGCCGUAAACACAGCAAGGAGUAUGGGUACAGCUGCACUCUGUGCAACUACAGCUGCGUGACCAAAGGAGACAUGGAUCGUCACUGUAUCACAAAGAAACAUGUUAGACGUGCACAGGAGUGUGCAAGUAAGAACCCAGUCAACAGUCACACAAGUGCGCCACCAGAGGAACCCACAAGUAUGCAAGCCCAGGAACCAGUCACAGCUUCACAGGCCACUGAUAUCGAGCAGGAAUCUAACAAUAAAGAACACAGCGGAGAAGAGCCAGCUCAGUCAGACACAAGCCAGAAAAAAAAUAAAUACGACUCUGUUAAUGCUUGCAGCCACUGCGAUUUUGUUGCUCAGUCAAUGCCUUCGCUCCAUCUCCACGUCAAGAGAAAGCAUACUAAAGAUUUUGAGUAUGUUUGUCUAGCGUGUAGCUACUAUGCCGUAACGAGCAGGGAAAUGUCUCGCCACGCAAACACAGAGAAACACAAACAGAAAAGCCAGAAAUACUUGGAGCCACUGGGGGGUGAGGGACAAAGAGCUUUGGCACUCCCAUUGAAGCUGAAGGAUGUCAUUGAGCUUGCUGGGUCAAACUCUAACCCUGAGUGUGAACCUCCUAGCCCCACAGAGGAGUCUGAAUCCUGUUCUGAUGACAGUCAAGCUAUGGAAAGUCAGAAUACAGCUGCAGCCUCUGUCACCACAGGACCUGUCGAUGUCGCUGCCAGUUCAGAUGAGAAGCAAGCAGAGAAUGUUACAUCUUCCACUGGUGGUGAAUCAGGUCCAACCAACCAGACUGUCAGACUUGCGGUUCUGUCUGAACCCAAGCAACACCAGCAGGCUUCAGAAGACCUUCAGUCGGCAGUUGACCAGUCUGCACAGCAAGAGAGCCAGGAGGAAGGGGGUAAACAGUCCGACGAUGAACAUUUAAAUGCUGAUGAGAUGAUUGUAGAUACAAAAAGCGACAGCUCUCAAUCAGAUACACAACUGUCCAAAGCCCCUCCCUUUGAUGCCUGCAUUGUAUCCAUGAAGACCCUUGCUGAGCAGGAGCAGGCCCUGCAGGACGGUCUGGCUUUGGAAGGCGAAGCUGCUGUGAUAUGUCUGACUGGAGGCUCACCAGUGCCCCCUGGCCUCCCUGCCACCAGUCCUGCAUAUGUUAAGAAGCUCAAACCCAAAGAAGUGAAGGUGAGAGAGGAAGCCAAAGGAAGCAGCUCUCGCAUACGCUGCGAGGACUGUGGCUUCAUGGCAGACGGCAUCAGCGGCCUCAACGUCCACAUCUCGAUGAAGCAUCCGUCCAAGGAGAAGCAUUUCCACUGCUUGGUCUGCGGCAAGUCGUUUUACACCGAGAGCAACCUGCACCAGCACCUGACCAGCGCCGCCCACCUCCGCAAUGAGCAGAACAGCGUGGAGGAGCUGCCUGAAGGCGGAGCGAGCUUCAAGUGCGUGAAAUGCACAGACCGGUUCGAAUCGGAGCAGGAACUGUUUGUUCACAUUAAGGAGAAGCAUGAGGAGCUCCUCAGAGAGGUCAACAAGUACGUGAUGGAGGACACGGAGCAGAUCAACCGUGAGCGUGAGGAGAACCAGGGCAGUGUGUGUAAAUACUGUGGCAAGGUGUGCAAGAGCAGCAACUCCAUGGCCUUCCUGGCCCACAUUCGCACACACACCGGAUCUAAGCCCUUCAUGUGUAAGAUCUGCAACUUUGCAACCGCGCAGCUCGGAGAUGCCAGGAACCACGUGAAGAGACACCUUGGCAUGAGAGAGUACAAAUGCGACAUCUGUGGAUGGGCUUUUGUGAUGAAGAAACACCUGAGCACCCACCUACUGGGAAAACAUGGAGUCGGACAGCGUAAAGAGAGGAAGUUUGAAUGUGAGUUGUGUGAACGCUCCUUCAGUGAAAAAUGGGCCCUAAACAACCACAUGAAACUGCACAGUGGGGAGAAACCAUAUAAGUGUGCCUGGCCGUCCUGCCACUAUGCCUUCCUCAACCUGUCAGCCAUGAAGGACCACUACAGGACACACACUGGGGAGAAGUCUUAUCUGUGUGACCUGUGUGGUUUUGCGGGAGGUACAAGACACGCCCUCACCAAACACAGACGCCAACACACAGGAGAAAGGCCCUUCAAAUGCAAGCUCUGCAGCUUCGCCUCCACCACGCAGUCCCACCUAUCGCGGCACAAACGUGUUCACACCGGGGAGAAACCGUACCGCUGCCCCUGGUGCGACUACAGAUCUAACUGUGCUGAGAAUAUCCGGAAGCACAUUCUACAUACGGGAAAACACGAGGGUGUGAAGAUGUACAACUGUCCCAAAUGUAACUACGCCACCAACUCUCCCAUGGAGUUCCGUAACCACCUGAAGGACAGUCACCCCGACAUUGAGAACCCAGACCUCGCCUACCUACAUGCAGGUAUUGUGUCCAAGUCUUUCGAGUGUCGUCUGAAGGGCCAGGGGGCUACAUUUGUGGAGGCAGAGUCCGUGGGUUCACCCGUGCACAGAAAGGGCUCAUCGGAGGCAUCUGGGAAUGAUGAGCAAGUCCAGCAGGUCAUUAUUAUUCAGGGCUACGGGGGCGGUGAGGUAGCCAUCGACCAGGCCUUGGAGGAGUCAGCUGCCGCCACCCUGCAGACGCUGGCCAUGGCUGGCCAGGUGGCCGAGGUGCUGCACAUCACCGAGGAUGGACAAGUCAUAGCCUCGGGCAGGGAAGUGGCAUCUGGGGGGGCCCACCUGGCUGGGGGCAGCACCCAGUUCGUGGUACUGGAGUCGGGGGAGGCCAGGGAGGAGCUGCGGGCUGUGACCAGAGGAGGGGUGGCGGUCGCAGCCGCAGGAAAAAGUCACAUAGUUUCAGAGUCGUCCACGGCUCUGGACGCUCUGCUCAGCGCAGUCAGCGAAAUGGGCCAUCAGGAGGAAAUGCAGGGAGAGGCAACCGUCAUUCACGAGGUCUUGACCCCUGAGAUAACCGAGGCUGUGCAGAGCGAAGUGCAGUCGGAGGUGAAACAGGAGCAGGAGGAGGUGCAGGUCAUCCAGGAGACCGGCCAAGAGGAGAUGCAGGAGGUGCUGCAGCUCGCGGCGUCGCAGAUGAUGAAGGAAGGCCUGACCCAGGUCAUCGUCAACGAUGAAGGCACUCACUACAUUGUGACGGAGCUGGACAACUGCACCUUACAGGUGGAGGGAAGCGUGUAUGGAGAGGCAGGGGCAGGUGACGGCGAGGUACAGCAGGCAGAGCAGCAGGCCGGAGAAGAAAUGGUGGUCUAUUUGGAUGGUGCCCCUCAUAAUAUUGUCCUGGAAGGGUAGAAGAAAGAGAAAUGAAGAAACAGAGGUAAAGAUUUUUACUUCAGUUUUCCAUGUUUAACUCUGUUACAGCCUGCAUUAGGCCAGAUGUUUGCCUGGAUCUGUCUCUUGGAGUCUUCCUCUUCCCUUGUUCCUUUAAUUUCUCUGGGUUUGAUUCUUUUUUUUUUUUUUACAUCACUUGAGUUUUCCGUUUUUUCGCUGUCUUCUCUUGGGCUAUGCUACAACUCAGGUUAAACACCUUUUAUUUAGAGGGACAGUGAAGGAAAGAGGUUUUGGUGCUAAGUGAGCUAACUUGCAAUCCUCACAACCACCAAGACUAUAUUAACGACUUGAUUAAUGCCAUGCCAGGAAAUGAAUAUAUUUCCUCCUUUAAUAUUUUUUUAAAAUACAUCUAAUAUUCUGAGAAUGAAAUGGCUCACUAUAAAAGAAAAUGUGUAUUUUGCUCCGGUGAGAUAACAACAGUUUCCUCUCUUUUUGUUUUCCUUGUGACACGUUCGUAUAUCACCAUCUUAGAUUUUGUUAUGCUAGAAUUUUGCUCAUGUGUCCAAUGAGUUUGUUGAAGUGUUUUCGUACCAUCCUUUGUAGUGAUUAGUGUAUAACCAGUUACAAACCAAUAAGUUCAUGGCUUUUCAAAAAUUUCAGAACAAAUCUUACAGAUAUUUUAUGUGUAACAAAAUAGAGUCGAUAAUCAUACAUUUUAGUUUUUUUUUCAACCCCUCAUCCUUUGAAAAACCUCUAAAAACAUUAAUGCAGUUUCAUUUGUGACAAUAAAGAUUGAGUCU